GAUGUCUCGAAGAAAUAUAGCUCUUUCAUUUUUUCGCAGAACGUCAAUGGGGAAAAAAAGGGCAAGGGAAAUUCGAAGAUUGAAGUCUUAUACUCGGUUUUCAUGGGUGAUGAGGAUGGCGAGGAUGACGAGGAUGUCAUGGAUGACGAGGAUAGCAAGGAUGGCGAGGAUGUUGAGGAUGUCAAGGGUGGCAGUGCUCUGUUUUGUAUCAAGGAGACAAUAGCGCGUUAUUCAUACAUGAUUGGGCGCCAUGUCCAUUUAUUCAGGGGGACUUGCAAAGGUCGUGAUGCUGUGCUGAAGCUUUCCUGGACCCCAGUCAAUCGUUUGCCCGAGGGUGCCGCAUA